UUCCUUCUCGGGAUCCUUCCUUCUCCAUGGUAACGCAGCCGCCGCCAUACCGCUAGCUUUGGUUUGUUUUCAGUAGCAGCUUUACGAACGAGUUUCUCCUCCGUUGCAGCAUGGAAGAUGUAAAAUGUGGUUUUCCUCCAGAUGUACCAGUUCAGACUGAGUCUCCGGAGAAACUCAGCGGCGCAGCGGUUCUGUGACGGUUAAAGGUUUAUCUUCACAAAGACUCAAUGGAGGUUCUGUCCAUCUGGCAGCUGUCCAUCCCUCUACCUGCAGUUCUGAUGAUCACAGUCAGUCUGUACAUGGUGGUUCUGGGGGUCGGACUGUGGAUCCGUUACUGCCUCAAGGACUGCUGCUCCUCUUAUUGCACCGACUGCUGUCCCAGCGUCUCCAUUUGUGAUCAGUGCUUCAGAUUUGCUGCGAUGUGCGACUGUAAGCUGCCGACCGUGGACUCCCUCUUGCCUUCGUGCUCUUCUCCUUCUUGUGAUCGGUGGGACUGUGCCUGCACCUGUCAGCCUCCAGAGUGUGAAUCCUGCAACUGUCUCUGCUUCGAGAUCAGGAUCAAGUAGAGGACGAUUUACCGCAAACGUGACUUUGCAUUCAGUGGAGUUUACAGAGACAUGAAGGUCUGCAGCUGCCAUCAACAAGAGGAAGCAUCAGAUCACCUUCAAAGUGCCUUCAGUUCUGAUGAGAAUCUGUGUUUACACUCAAGGAUUCAGGGUCUGCAUGAAGAUCCAGCAACUUUCUGCAGCUAAAACCUUCUGUGACUUUUUAACCCUACUGUUCUCUUCAUUUAUGGGACCAAAAAAAUAUUGUUCCCUUGUCUGAAAAAAAUUCAAAAAUUCAACAAAAAAUUCCCCAAAUUUCAGAAAAUUUGCAAAACCUUUAAGGAAGAAAAUUCCAAUAAUUCCUUAAAAGUUUCCCUUUAAAGUUUUGGGGGGGGAAAAUCUCCCAAAUUUGACAAGAAAAUUCUUCAAAAAUAAGUAAAAAUCUUCCAAAAGAAAUCCUAAAAAUAUCUAAAAGGAUUACAUAUGCAUCAGUAAAAUGUGUAAUAUUGUCUUUAGAACAUUCACAAAAAAUCAACCAAAAUUCAACGAAUUUCGCCAGAUUUUGGUUGUUUUUGUUCGUGAAUGUUCUUAAGAAAACAUUUGAAAUUUUUCCGAUAUAUCUGUAAUCACUUUAGAUAUUUUUAAGAUUUUUUGUAAGAUUUGUCUCAUUUUUUGAAAACGUGCAAGAAUUUUCUUGUCAAAUUUGGGGGAUUUUUUAAAAAAAAUUAAACUUUUAAGGGAAACUUUUAAGGAAUUAUUGGAAUUUUCUUCCUGAAAUUUAAAGAAAUUUUGCGAUUUUUUUUUUGCUGAUUUUUUUUUUGUAUUUUUUCAGACAAGAAAACAGUAUUGUUUGGUGACAAGUAAAUGAGGACAACAGGUCAGAUCUGUCGGCAUAGAAUCAAUCUACAUUUUCAUUUCAGCUGCCACAGAAACAGAAAUAGUUCCUCCUUUACAAACAGAAAGGAAACGGACUAUUUUCAGUGGCGGAUUAAGAAACAUUUGUGGCAGCAAGAUGUAAUUAAAUGUUUUUAUGUGUUAAAGUGAUUUACUGUUGGAAUCUGGUGUUGAUAUUCUGUAAAUAAAAAUCCAGAAGGUCAACUGUUUAUUCCUAAAUGUUCAGAAAAAAGUAGCUUUGUGCUGUUGUUUCAUACAAUCAUUUUUUUUAAAUAAGGUUUUUAUUAAAUUCAAAAAUAUUUCAAA